AUGAAGCAGCUCAUGCAAUCAAGAAAUCUGUCCCCGUCCAGAAGCCACCGGAGUAAAGCCGCCGGAGGAGUGCAACUUAAGGAACUGCGUCAGUUCAUAAGUGAAACCUUUGAGAUGUCAUUCAUGAAGCAUCUUUGUGAUGACAUGCAGCACCAGUUUGUAGCUCUAAUUCUUCAUGGAUCUCCGACGCUUUCAGAAUACAUUCUUGCGAUGAUCAUUCAUGGAAAAUCAAAUGUAAACCUGACGUCUCUUUUGAUCAGCAAAAGUUACGUCCUUGCGAUGAUUUUCUCCUUAGUAGAGUAUAUUGUGGAAAUCUAUUUCUCCCCAGCUUUAAAGGAACACUGGUGGAUAAGUAAUGCAGGUCUUGCCAUGGUAGUUGUUGGUGAAAUCACAAGGAAGUUGGCCAUAAUUACUGCUGGCCGGUCCUUCACUCAUCUCAUCAAGGUUUAUCACGAGGAGCAUCACACAUUGGUAACUCAUGGAGUUUACAAAUAUGUCCGCCACCCUGGAUAUAGUGGUUUCUUCAUCUGGGCUGUUGGCACUCAAAUAAUGCUAUGCAAUCCUUUAUCAACCGUUGCGUUUUCCAUUGUAGUUUGGAAGUUUUUCGCAUCAAGGAUACCAUAUGAAGAGUUCUUCUUGAGGCAGUUUUUCGGGUCUCGGUAUGAUGAGUACUCUAGGACAGUUCCUUGUGGGAUUCCAUUUGUGAGCUAA